AGCGCUCAAUAUUUAAGAAGAAGAAGAAGAAGAAACAAACCAUCGGGCGGGUUCAGGUCAGCUAUGUCCGUGUUGGAGCAGAUUCAGGAGUCGCUUCUUCGGUUUAAACGAUGGAUUUGUGUCCGUUCUCAGUGACUCCAGCUGCCAGCCUGCUGGCCAGAUGUGUCUCCAGAGGUGCUGUGACUCAGGAGCAAAUUGACUCCAUCUCCUCCAGCCAGGGUCCCGUCUUCUCCUCUCACCUGCAGGAAGCUGAACAGCGAAUCAGAGCGCAGAGACAGCUGGAUGAGAUGCGGCUGCAGGUGGAGCUGCUGCAGGUGGAGAAGCAGAGCGCCGACGUCACACACAAAUUCUACCUCACAAAGCGGCUCCAGGCUUUGCAGGAGUUGUGUGGUCACCUGCAGGACGUCCUGAAGCAGCAGAACAGUCUGAGACAGAGACUGAUGAAGCCGCUGGGUCGCACCAACCUGCCCGUCCAGGCUCACCUGCACAGGUGUGUGGUGGACGUCGUGAAGAUGCUGCUGGACUUCAUUGAGACGCUGGAGAAGAAGCUGAGCUCUGUCAGAAACUGUCCGGCCACCAGAGAACAACUCGCUCAGCUAAACUCGUCUUUCGACCAGCUGCUGGCUCAGGCAGCGGAGGUGGAGAGUUUGUCCGGUCAGGUUCUCCAGUGGAAGGAAGUCCGCAGCAGCCUGCUGAGUGACAGCUCUGCAUGAUGAGCCCCGACGCCACACCUUCAUCAUCCUCCUCCUCCUCCUCCUCACAGUGUUUGCUGCACCAGGGUUUCUGCCAGUGUUUUGCCCUGUCUGAGUUCACAUCCUGGCUGCUCCUGGAUCAGAUCCUUACAUACAACACAGAGUCCUGCAGCUGAUAUAUGAAUACUGGAACAAUAAUAUAUGAACUAUAGUUUGGUUAUAAGUUGAUUAAAUGCAUAUUUAUUUUGCACUAUGUCAGCUUGAUAUAUUAGACAUUACAGGUAGAAUUGAACACUCUUAUGUUUCAGUUUGUAUUACAGAACCUUUUACAUGGAUCAUUUAAUAAAGAAUGUGUUUUUUUUGUAUGUCUGCCACUGAAUAAAAAGUGUACCAUUUAUAA